AAUUACAAUUUAAUUACGCGUGAGUUAUAUGAAUAAACUCUUAAGAAAUAAACCUUGUAAACAUUUAAAAUAUUUUGUGUAACAAAUUAUUCAACAUGGAAGGCCAAGCAAAAUCCUCAUCCAAGGUUUGCUGAGUUAACUCGUGUAGUGUAAUCAAACCAGUUGUAACUUAUUAAUUAUAGUUUAAGGUAGCUGUGUCAUUGUAUCAAUUCCUUACCGAGUGAUCAUACAAUUUAAAAUGAUUCUUAUCAUAUGUUUACUUAAAAUAUUGGUGAUACAAUUAGUGUGGAGAAGUGAUGUAACUGCAGCAAGAUCUACCAGAGCAAAUUACUCGGCGCUCGCCAGAGGAUUGGGUUUUGAUACCGAAGAAUACGAUAUAGUGACAAAUGACGGAUAUAUAUUGACGUUAUUUCGGAUUCCUGGUGAAAAGAAGCCUGUUUUAUUAGUGCAUGGAUUGUUCGAUUCAGCUGAUACAUUUAUUAUCCGAGGAAACGGGUCCCUUGUUGCUGCUCUUGCGCAUGAGGGUUACGAUGUCUGGUCUGCCAAUGUCAGAGGCGGAAGAUAUUCCAGAAGACAUAUCAAAUUAAAUCCGGACACAGAUAGCCAUUAUUGGAACUUUAGUUUCCAUGAAAUAGGCUACUAUGAUCUUCCGGCAAUGAUUGAUUUUAUCUUAGGCAGAACUGGAGAGACCAGCCUUAGUGCUAUUGGACACUCUCAAGGCAACAGCGUAUUUUAUGUUCUUGGCUCUACCAAACCUGAGUAUAAUAAAAAAGUGAGCGUAAUGAUUGCAUUAUCGCCAGUAUGUUACUUCAAUUAUUCAAUGCCUCCUGCGUCCAUGUUAUUAGAAUCCGUACCUUAUCUAUCUAAUAUUUUAUUGGAGUCUGGUAUAGAAGAGGUUUUUGGUGAUAACACAAUACUGAGAGUCUUAAUGGAUGAAAUCUGUGGUUGUAAAAAGUGUUACAAUUUAUGCGCUCGUGGAGUAUUCUUUCCGCUCGCCGGUAAUGAUGCCGAAGAGUUGGAAGUAGAAUUUUUUCCCACAGUCAUAGAACACUAUCCCACUGGCACAUCGAGAAAAAAUAUUAUUCACCUUGCGCAGGGAUAUUUAAAUGACUUCAGUUUUUACGAUUAUGGAUCUAAGAACAUAGAAAUCUACCAACAAACGUCCCCUCCACUUUAUGACUUGGAAAAAGUUAGUAUGAAAAUUGUACUUCUUGCUGGGAGAAAUGAUGCACUGGCGUCAGUUAAAGAUGUUGAACUAUUGCGGGAUCGUCUUUCAAAUGUUGAAUACUACUUGUUAAAUAACAGGAGGCUAAAUCAUUUAGAUUUCAUAUGGGGUCGAAAUAUGAAUAAAUACCUGUUUCCUUAUAUUUUCGAUGCACUAACUAAAAACAAUAAGCAAAGUAUUAUGUGAGUUUGAGUGAAAUUUGAUUGAGAUAAAGAAGACAUGGUGACUAAAGAACUUGAUCUAAGUUUAAAAAAAAUAUACGUUCUACUACUUUUGUAUUAUUUGCACGGGGAUGAUGAUUUAUUUAUUUAGAAAACGGCAUAGGUACCUACAUAUUUCUAC